AUGAAGACCAUACCUCGAAACAUUUGUUCCGCAGAAGAACUCCCUAUCGAGCUCAUCCAUCACAUUGUUUCCUGCCUUGAAGAUAGCGACAAUGAGGAGAAGUUCUGCUACAGGGAACACGUACCCCCGGACCUGAAUGCCUUGUCUCUGGUGUGUCGCUCGUGGAAUGAGGUCUGCAGGCAUCACAUCUUUCGCACUAUCGGCGUGAAUUACGGCCAUGACUCCUUCACCUCCCGUCUCUCCUUCCUCCACUUCACGGCCCCCCAUCUCUACAAAUACAUCCUCCGGCUUGACGUAUGCCUGGAUACUGGCUAUGACAGCGUCGCCGAGUGGGUCCCAGAAUGCUUUGCGCGGUUCACCAAUCUGCGUGCAUUGCGUCUCAAUGCCCGGUUCAUAUCGGGGGCGAUACUCGAUGUGCUGCCCGGGUUCGGGAUUGUGUCCUUGCUCGCAAGCGUACGCCUGCAGGAGCUCGUCCUGGCAUCGUGGGACGUAGACGCUGAAGCCUCGGAUCUCCUCCCCAUCCUUUCGACGUGCUCGCCUUCUCUCGAAAGUCUGUCGCUGGAGAUGUAUGGUAUCUACACGCCGGAGCGGCCAGAGACAACGAGCUGUAUAUCCGGAGCCCCAUCACCUCGCAGUGUAUGUCUGGAUGCGCUCCGCAGCCUCAAGGUCGUUCAAAAUGUCGCCGUACUCCCCCAUACAGACCGUAUCAAGUGCCCAAACCUCGAAUAUGUAGAAAUUGUGCAACUUACCAGCGGCUAUUGGAAUAUUCCCAGGUGGAUUCCCGCCAACUUGUCUGAACUCAUCUUGAGCGUUUCCCCGACUGCUAUAAUCCCCGACAUCGGCGCCGCUAUAUGUCCGUCCGCCCUAACGAUCAACAUAUUGUGUCCCAGCGAGGCUCCCCGGUUGAGCAGUAUCGCAUGGAUAGGGGACUGUAUCAACCGCCUACCUUUCCCCAAUCGUCUACGGGGGGUCGCAAUCCAUAUUGAUCCCCUCGGCUGGGGUGGACAAUCUUACCCCGAACCUAUCCAUUAUGAAGCGCUUCAUCGUAUCAUUCAACCUCUGCACGAUCAUGGGGCUUUGAAGAAAAUCAGCAUAAGUAUAGGUGAUGUCAACGAUGACUCUAUCGAGACGGACUGCGAUGAGGUUGCGGUGUUUGAAGAAGCGUUUGCCCCAUUGAUAGAGGGGAUAACGGCCGCUGGCGGAUUUCGGCGUAUAACAUGCAAAUAUGGGGGGAUAGAUGUACUCAUGAGCCAUGAAGCACUGUAG